AUGCCUCGGCCGCCUCGCCAGGCGUUCAGCAUCCGUACAGCAUUCUGCGGUCCCAUAACCAGCCCGUCACGAGAGAAGGAACUCCGCCUAGUCAGGAAAAUCGACCUUUCCCCCGAGAUAGAAUCGCUCCUGGAGACUCCGACCUGGUCUGUGGCUUCAUUAUUACCUCCCGCUCCACCUCCACGGAAAGAGCGCGACGCCUCCGGUUUACGCUCGCGGCAACGACCUACCUCAGCAUAUGAAACUGAAGCCGAGACUGAAGAAGAAAUCACAAGAGACAAAUUGCACCACCUCCUCAAGCUCUCCGCGCUGCCGUUGCCUAAGUCCCCAGCAGAAGAGAGUGCAAUGCUGAGUGAUCUCCGUGAUCAAGUGCACUUUGUCAAGGAGAUCCAGAAAGUGGACACCACCGGUGUACAACCUCUUGUAGCGAUUCGGGAUGAGACCUCCGAGCAUAGGCGGGAACAAACAAUCACGCGGGAGAAACUGGCUGAAUACCUGGCUUUGGAAGAGAAGAAAGGGAAGAAUGGUACCAUCCGGCGGAGAAGGGACACCUAUCAAGUCACGAGUUUUUCCCCUGAUAGCCAAGCAUGGAAGGAGGACCCGAUCGCGUGGUCCAGGGUGGAGGAUCCUUGGGCCACAGGGGAAGGUGCUGAGACCCGACGGAUGGGCAGAUUUUUCUUCGUGAAAAGGAGGCAGGAUAGUCCUAUGGGCGAAGAAAGAGAUAAGAGCAUUAAUGGGGAGCGAGGCACCUGGACCACCAAACGACUAGAUCUUUCAGACAGCGCCUUUCGAAACACAGAGCCAUGA